AUGCAAAUUGAAUGGAAAAAACCGCAUUCUCGAAAUUUAUCUACAGUUUUUCCUUUUAACAUCGUUACAAUAUCUGGUUUUCUUGACAAGGUUCACGGCAUUCAAAUUAAAGGAGAGAAAAUCAUGCAACUCUUUCUUCUUACCCUGCUCUUAGGGUUCGCAAGCUCGGAGUUCCAACAGAAAUUAUUAUCAUUUCCCAUAUUGAGUAGAUCGUAUAGAUCUGUCAGUAUAGAUCCCGCGACGAUCGAAAAGAUAUUCGGCGGGUCCAAAGAAAUAGCCUCGGAUGUGCCCGGCGCGGUCCUUGUAAACGCGGAGGGCCAGAAAUGCCAGUGUGUUCCCUAUUACCUCUGCGCGGACAUCACUUCCAGUAACUCUGAUUUUGUAGAAGUUUUAAGUGACGAAAAAGAACAAUGUCUGGAAGCUAUAGAGGUCUGUUGCGCGAUAUCCAAAGUGUCAACGGGAGACAUUUAG